AAAUUGUUUGUGGAGGUUUUCUUCUGUGUGAACGAGAUGGAGAACAUUUGUGGGAUUUUUUGGGUGAAUCUGGGGGUACUUGUGGUGUGUUGAAGGGGAAGCCACACCUACGCAACCUCGUAGGGAUUCAUACACCUGCCGCCAGGUGUCGACAACCUGGAAAAUGUGUGUGACGCCUACCCCCUUUUUGUUGUAUUACACCGUGUUGCUAACAAGAUAUAUGGUUUUUUAUCCCUUUUUUUGUAUUGUUUUGUAGUUUUCGAUUGUUUGAAAUACUAACAACAGUGAAAAUUCAGCUGCCAUUGUGUGGAGAAUAAUAAUACAUUGCUCAAUGUAAUUACCUUGGAGUAAUUAUGUGCUCAAGAGUACCGUCUGACGUUUCACCAAUGCCGUACCCAUGGAUAAGCUAGCAAUGAAAAUAUCAGAUGUUGAUGAAUUAUAGAAAUGUUAUCGUGUGCUGUUGAACUCAGUAUUUUUGUUGGAAUGAAAAUAUUAAAGUGCAUUUGAGGAGAAUUAUUUUGUUGGCUGGCAAAAUGUUGAGAUUUCUGUCGAAACGGAGAGUCCGGAGUGCGGGACAGACAGCAUCACCGCAGAUUAAAAAUCAGAGAUUACUGAGUAAUAAAAACAUUAUACAGUGCCAAGUCAUACUGCUGGAUGGUACAGAUUUGCCUAUCGAGUUAUCGAAAAAAGCUCUGGCCAGUGACUUGUAUGAGCAAGUCUUCUACUCUCUGGACCUCAUCGAGAAAGACUACUUCGGUCUCCAGUACACAGACAGCAACAACGUGCAGCACUGGCUGGACCCGACAAAGCCCAUAAAGAAACAAAUAAAGAUCGGUCCCCCCUACACCCUCCGUUUGAAAGUCAAAUUCUACUCAUCCGAGCCGAACACCCUCCGCGAGGAGUUAACCCGCUACCAAUUCUUCCUGCAACUGAAGCAAGACCUUUUGGACGGUCGUCUCCACUGCCCUACAAACGUAGUAAUCCAGCUCUCAGCUCUAGCCCUCCAAUCCGAGCUGGGGGAUUACGAUCCGACCAUCCACACCGCAGCCACAGUCUCGGAAUUUCGUUUCGUCCCAGGUCAGACCGAGGAGAUGGAGUUGGAAAUUCUGGAGGAGUAUAAGAACUGCAAGGGUUUAUCUCCAGCUCAGGCAGAGUCCUCAUACCUGGGAAAAGCCAAGUGGUUGGACAUGUAUGGAGUGGACAUGCACACAGUACUGGGUAAAGAUGCCUGCGAGUAUUCCCUGGGUCUCACACCCACCGGAAUUCUAGUGUUCGAAGGCAACCAGAAGAUUGGCCUCUUCUUCUGGCCAAAAAUUGGUCGUCUGGACUUCAAGAAGAAGAAAUUAACUCUCGUAGUCGUUGAAGAGGAUGACGAAGGUCGUGGCGAGCAGGAGCACACGUUUGUUUUUCGUUUGACAAAUGAAAAAGCUUGCAAACACCUGUGGAAAUGCGCUGUCGAGCAUCACGCCUUCUUCAGAUUGAGGGCACCAGUGAAGGGGGCGAGUAGUCGUCAGAAUUUCUUCAGAAUGGGAUCGAGAUUUCGAUACAGUGGGAAAACCGAAUUUCAGACGACUCAGUUGAAUCGAGCGAGGAGAACUGUUCAAUUUGAGAGACGACCGAGCCAGAGGUACGCGAGGAGACAGAGUCACGUCCUGAGGGAGAGGCAGAGGGAGAGACAUGUUGAGCCUCAAGCAGCUAGUGUUGAGUGUGAAUCCCUCCAGAGGCAACCGAGUAAGACUGAGUCUGAGGCUUCGAGUGUUGCUACCAGUGUCAUUGCCAAUGUACAGGAGAUUGCUGGUGCUGUUGGCAGCUCUGUGGGUACUUCAACUCCAUCUCCACUCGUUGAUUCAAUACUCAAGUCCCUGGCGAAGGAACCGCAAACUCUCGAGCUCAAGAAUCAAACGACAGCACCGAACAGCGAAAAAGAGGCUGAAAUCAUCAAGACUAGUUUGAUUGUGGAGAGCACUGUUAGCUCACCUCCACAGUCGUUACCUAAUAAUCAAGUGGGUGGGACACUUCUGCUUUCUGCACGAUCACCGAUACCACCUGAGUCACUCAAGUGCAAUAUUCUCAAGGCGAAAACACUGGAGAGUGAGAAGAACUCCAAUCUUGUCUCCAUCAUGCCCAGUGAGAGCAACAGUGGAGCCAAAAGUCAACAUCCUGAUGCUGCUACUAUCGUCUCUGUGGGAGGAGACAAGCUCACCCUAAACGUCAGCGGAACAGCUCCCUUAAGCAGCAGCCCCCCAGCAGACGACACAGUCACCGUAACUCAUUUUUCACUGGACAGUUGGGGACAAAUUGCUCAGAAAACAACGCCAUUCAGUGCCAAAGUUGUCAAUCAGUCACACAAUCCCUUCAAUCCAUUCAAUACCGAAAAUUGUGCGGAUGUAGUAGUGACAUCGCCGGUUGAGGAAGUGAAGGAAGUCCAUAUGAAGGAGACAACUGAGACUAAAAAUACAAAUCCAUUUAUCGAUUCCAAUCCUUUCUUAGGGCUAUUGAAUCCAUUCAACGAGAUUCAGCCUGUCCUUGAAAAAAUAACAGAAAGUGAGGAGGAAAAAGUUGAAAUUGCUACGCCUAGACCUGAGGAAGUGCCUUCGCCGAAUUCAUCGACAGUAACUACGUUCACACGAUCGGAACCCUGUACGACAGCCUCGGACAUCAGUCCAUGGCUAGUGGCUGAUCCGUCCCAGGCGAAGACCAAGACUGUUACGAUGAAAACGAUUGAAUAUUCUCGUUCGUUGAUUGUUGGCGAGGUAUUGUUUAUUAACAUGGGGAAAAAGGGAAAGAAUAAGCAGAAGAUCAGUGGAAGUGUUAAGACAGCCUUGAAGACUGAGAAGAAAUUGAAUGCUAAACAGAAAAAAGAACUUGCGGCGCUUGGUGAGGAUGAUAUCGAGAAAGUAGUGGCCCAGAUCGAGAGAGAAGAGGCGCAACGACAAAAAGUUGUCGAAGCCCUGAUAGAUCAACCCUCACGUCGAGUGAAUUUCACCCUGACAGCCCAUCCCUUCAAGGACGAACUGAUAAUGCUUGGAGGAGAGUUCUUCGAUGGCCAGAAGACCACAGUCUACGGAGACAUGUUCUUCUACAACAUAAACAAGAGGACGUGGACUGUGGUGAAAGCACCUGGAGCUCCUCCCCCCAGAUGCGGUCAUCAGGCAGUGGUAACUCCAAAUGGAAAGGGAGAGCUUUGGGUCUUCGGAGGGGAAUUCUCCAGUCCAUCUGAGUCUCAGUUCUACCACUACAAGGACCUCUGGGUUUACCACAUAGGAGGGAAGAAGUGGGAGAAGGUGCAGGCGCCAGGGGGGCCAUCCUCGAGGAGUGGACAUCGCAUGGUCUACGGGAAGAAACAGUUGAUCGUCUUCGGAGGGUUUCACGAUAAUCUGAGAGACUUCAAGUACUACAACGACUUGUUUAUCUUCGAUUUGGGGGACUACAAAUGGAAUAAAAUCGAUUUGAGUGGAUCGAUACCUCCGGCCAGGUCUGGGUGCAUUGUCCUCCCAACGAGUGACAACAGAAUUCUCGUCUACGGGGGGUACAGUAAAGAGAGAGUUAAGAAGGAUGUGGACAGGGGACAGGUGCACACUGAUAUGUACCUCUUGGGCCCUGAUAAACACGACCAGAGUGGACUCAAGUGGAAGUCUGUCAUCGUCAAGCAAAGUGGGAUAAGUGUCUCCCCGAGGUGCAGUGCUUCUGCUGUUCUCGCACAGCCCCCUCUGGCGUACAUGUUCGGAGGGGUUUAUGAUGAGGAGGAGGACGAUGAGGAGCUCAAAGGAACGUUCUUCAAUGAUUUGGUGGGUCUUGAUGUAGAGAAACAUCAGUGGAGGUCUGUUACUUUGAGUGGGAAGAAGGAUACGAAGGAUAAGAGGAGGCGACGGAAGCAGGAUGGAACUGAGGUUGAGGACGAUGAGGAUGGGGAAGCAGGCAAGACAAUGGAAGUAGUGGAUCCUGCACCGGCGAUCACCACCAUCGAUGACGGAAUUUUCACUGUCACUGUGGGCCCAGCGCCUAUUGCCUCAACUCAAUCGGUUGGCGAAGGGAAAACUGCCGUCUUCACACCUUCCCCGAGAAUAAAUCCAGGACUGGCUGUGAAGAAUAAUGUCCUAUAUCUUUAUGGAGGCAUGUUCGAGAAUGGAGACCGGCAGUAUACCUUGAAUGAUUUCUACUGUUUAGAUCUCCAUAAGCUGGAGGAGUGGCAGAAAAUCGUUGAAGAUGAUGUUUCAUCUCAGGUGUGGUUGGAUUCAGAUUCUUCAGGAUCUGAAGAGGAAGAUUCAGGGGAUGAUGAUAGUGAUAGUGAUGAUGAAGAAGAAAUGGAUGUUGAUUGAAAAUAUUUUCACUGUGGAGAUAUGGAACUUAAUAAAUUAUCUAGUUUUUUAA